GCGCGCACACAUGACUCGAAAAACACACAGGUUAGAAGAUUAAAAUAAACAAUAAAAAACGGAAGCCCAGCCCCCCCAUCCAUCUCUUCUCUUCCCCCAUUUCUAUCCUGAUCCAAAUCCUCUUGCCUUCUCACAGCCUCCCCUCGGGAAGGAAAUUCCCCACUCGUCUCUUCCCACUCCUCUUUCCGCCCCCCUGCCGCUCCGCGCCGCUUCGCCAUGGCCACCGAGGAAGCCCCCAAACCGGCCCCGCUCCCGCCUUAUCCCGAGAUGAUACUGGAGGCGAUCGAGGCGCUGAACGACAAGCAAGGGUCGAACAAGUCGGCGAUCUCGAAGCACAUCGAGGGCAAGUACGGCGACCUGCCGCCGGCGCACGGCUCGCUGCUGACGGCGCACCUGUCGCGCAUGAAGGAGUCCGGCGAGCUGCUCUUCCUCAAGAACAACUACUUCCGCGCCGACGCGCCCGACGCGCCGCCCAAGCGCGGCCGUGGCCGCCCGCCCAAGUCCAAGGACCCCAACGCGCCGCCGCCGCAGCCCAAGCCCAAGCCCGCCUCCCCGCGCCCCCGCGGCCGCCCCUCCAAGCCCAAGGACCCCGAAGCCCAACAGGCCGAGCGCCCGGCCAAGAAGCCCAAGCCCGCCGCCCCGGCCCCGGCCCCGGCCCCAGCCGCCGACGGAUCUGCCCCCGUCAAGCGCGGCCGCGGCCGUCCCCCCAAGGUACGCCCCGCCGAGCCGGCGGCGGCCUGACUCUCCCCCUUCCCCAUGGUGACCGGCGAAUUGGUUUCUUCAGGAUUAUUCGGGUGCUUGCUUGUUAAUCAAUCUAGGGUUCGGUUCCUCUCUUCUCCGUCCGUCCGUCCGUCGUCUAGUACUUAAUUCUCGGUCGUUCGCUCGCUGCAGCGCUCGUGUUCGCAUUGUUAGGAGGGUUUGAACUGUUGCUGUCGUCGUACUAGUGUUCGCCGCCGCUGUCUGUUGUAAGCUAAGCAUAAUUGUUAGGAGGCUAAGUGAGUUCGUUAUUCGGCUAAUGUGCAUGUUGUACAAUUGAUGGGAUGUGAUUGUUUGACCGUGUUAAAUCUGUGAUGGUGUGCUAAUCAGUGGGUACUCCUGCUACCUGGUGUCUA